AUGGAAGAAUGCUUACAUUUUUUUUCAACGGUCAAAGAUAAACAUGUGAUGAUGGUUACUAGCCACUCUUUUGCGUCACAAAUCAUUCCUAAGAUUCAUGAAUUUUCAGUACUUCAUUCUAUCUUUAUCUUCUGUGAAAGCAACGUCGUCAACAAACAUUGGAUUCAACAAUGGCCAAAAGCAAAAGGAUUUUUUACGAGAAUCGAUCAUAUCUAUGAUUCAAUUGAACAAUCUAUAAAACAACCAAAUCGAGAAACAGGGAUCAAUUUAGUUUCAAUCAAUGACGAUUCAUCAAAUCUUAAUACUAGUGAACUUGAUCAAUCAUUUAUGUACACUCAGUUAUUCAAAGAGAUUUUACUUGAAUUAGAAUAUGACGAAGAAGCUAUAAGAGAAUUCGUUGUUUAUUGUCGCGAGCAGUACCCUGAUGCAAUAUAUGAGUUGGGUAUUCUCGAUAGAUUUGAGAGAGAAUACAGCUGUCAAUCACCCGUUUGGUGGUAUACUUUCCCAUGUUUCAUCUAUGGCUUGCUGAAUGGAGCUCUACGAACUCAAGAGAUUGAAACAAUUAUCAAAAUGGGAUUUUUUAUUAAUGACCUGCAUCGGAAAAUUGAGAAACUUCAUUCAAACCAGAUGAAAAAUAACGGUGCGGAACCGUUUGUUGUUUACCGAGGACAAGGCAUAUCACAUAAGGAAUUCAUAAGGAUUAAGAAAAGUCAAGGUGGUCUUCUGUCAUUCAACAACUUCUUAUCGACGAGCAUCGACCGUGAUAUUUCCUACCUUUAUGCGGAAAGCAAUAGCAACGACGACAAUCUCACAGGAGUUCUCUUUCAAAUAACAAUAGAUCCAACUAUCUCAUCGGCGCCCUAUGCACGUAUCAACGCCGACAGCUAUUUCAAAGAUAAUGAAACAGAAGUACUUUUCUCGAUGCAUACCACUUUUCGUAUUGGUGAAAUUGAGCAGAUUAAUAAAAGUGAACGUCUCUGGCAAGUAAAACUCACACUAACAGCAGAUACCGAUCAGCUCCUGGCUACUCUCACCAAACGAAUACGAGACGAAACUGAUGGAUCAACUGGAUGGCAUCGCUUAGGCAAAUUGCUGAUACAACUGGGCGCUUUUGAUAAAGCUGAAGAGUUGUACUUAACAUUGCUUUGCCUAGAAUUAGAUGAGAAUCAAAAAAGGCAUUUUUAUCAUUGUCUUGGAGUCAUCAAGGAUAAUCAAGGUGAAUAUGAUGAAGCAAUUUCACUUUAUGAGGAGGCACUCCACAUAUGCGAACAAACGUUACCACCGGGACAUCCGAUUUACGCUGCUUCCUAUAAUAACAUCGCUUCAGUAUAUAUUAACAUGGAGAAAUACCCGGAGGCACUUUCGUUUGCCAAGAAAGCCAUUGAAAUCUGCGAAAAUGCUCUUCCUUCAGAUCAUCCUGACUUGGCAGCUGCCUAUAACAACAUCGGGGGACUGUAUUUUAGAAUGGGAGAUAAUUCAAAAGCAAUAUACUUCCAUCAGAAAGAUCUUGAGAUUCGGCAAAAAACACUACCUGUCAAUCACCCAAGUUUGGCAACCUCCUACAACAAUAUGGGUUUACUUCACAGCAAAAUGGGGGAAUACAGUAAAGCACUUAUAUUACAUGAAAAAGCGCUGGAUAUUCGUAAAAAGACAUUACCUUCAAACCAUCAGGAUUUGGCUCAGACUUUUCAUAACAUCGGUUCUGUGUAUGAAAAUAUGGAACAGUACUCGCAUGCGCUUUCUUUUUAUGAACAAUCCCUAACCAUCCGUGAAAAAGCACUGCCUCCAUACCAUCCCGAUCUGGCUGUUUCUUACAGGCAUAUCGGUUUGACAUAUAGUCAUUUGGGAGAAUACUCAAGAGCUCUUUUCUAUCAGAAGAAAACACUUGAAAUUCGUGAGAAAAUACAUGGGCCAAAUAAUUUGGAUUUAACUAUCCCUCUCAAUGAUAUUGGUUCGCUAUAUGAUAGUAUGGGGGAUUACUCGAAAGCACUUUCAUUUUAUGAACAAGCUCUUCGAAUCAGCCGAGAUGCAUUACCUCCAAAUCAUCCUGAUUUGGCUUCUACUUACAAUAACAUUGGUCUAGUAUAUGACAAUAUGGAGAAUUACUCGCAAGCGCUUGAAUUUCAUGAAAACGCAAUUAAAAUCCGAGAAAACAUAUAUCCUUCAAAUCAACGCAGUUUGGCUAUCUCUUAUAAUAACAUUGGUAGAGUUUAUUACAGAAUGGCAGAGUAUGCCAAAGCACUUUUCUUUCAUGAAAAAGCACUUGACAUCCGUCAAAAAACGCUGCCUUCCAAUCAUAUUGAUUUGGCUUCUUCCUACAACAAUAUCGGUUCAGUGUGUGAAAGCAUGGGAGAAUACUGCAAAGCACUUUCAUUUUAUGAACAAGAUCUUGCUAUUAGCGAGAUGUCUCUGCCUUCAACCCAUCCUGACUUAGCAAAUGCUUUAAACAAUAUAGGUUCUGUUUAUGCGAAUAUGGGAAACUACUCAAAAGCACUUGAGUUCAAUGAAAAAGCACUUGACAUUCGUCAACGAAAUUCGCCUCCAGAUCAUCUAGAUUUGGCUACUUCAUAUAAUAACAUUGGUUCAGUAUAUCAAAGCAUGAAAGAUUAUUCGAAAGCAAGAUCAUUUUACGAACAAUCUCUUAAAAUUUGUCAAAAAAGUCUACCACCGAAUCAUCAUGAUCUUGCCAAGGCGUACAACAAUAUCGGUUUGAUCUGCCAACAAAUGGGAGAAAAUUCGAAAGCAAUAUCAUUUCUUCAAAAAGCACUUGAAAUCCAUGAAGGAGCUAAGCAUUCAUACCAUCCUAGUUUGGCAACUUGCUACAACAACAUUGGCUUGGCUUAUAAGAGUAUGAACGAGUAUCCAACAGCAUUAUUGUAUCAUAAAACAGCAGUAGAAAUUCAAGAAAAAGUCCUACCAUCAAAUCAUCCAAAUUUAUUGAUAUCAUACAACAAUAUCGGCUCAGUUCAUGAGAAAAUGGGAGAAAUUCGAGAAGCCCUACUUUAUUAUGAAAAGAUGCUUGUGAUUCAAAAAGAAACUGUGGCUCCAGAUGAUUGUGACUUAGCUGUCUUAUACGGUAAAAUGGGAGUCCUUUACAGUAACAUUGAAGAUUAUUCCAAAGCGUUUUCAUAUUUGGGAUGUGCUAUUAAAAUUGCCGAACAGUCACAAUAUUCUAAUCAAGUAGAUCUACGGCUAUAUCAAGAUACAUUAUUACUUGUAAAAGAAAAACUUUAA